AUGAAGCUCGUCAGUGCCUUCGGAGAUGAGGUGGUCGCGGAAUUGGCGUACGUUCCGUUGAAAUUGGCAGAUAGCUCGCCCUAUGUUUCCGAACAGCCCUCUGACCCAGUGUUCUUGUGCGCGUUAGUGGACCGCAUGGCUAAGAGAGUGAAUGCGCUAAUCACUCCAGAUGUGUACAAGGGGUUGUCUGACGCAAGUGCAAAAGUAAUGGUAGAUGAGGGUGACGCUCCGGAGGAAGCGCAGAACGCUCAGGAGCACGCUGACAAUGAGGACCAUUGUGAGUCAACGACCGUGUUAGGUGUAGGGCACGAUAAGGGAUGUGAUCCUGCUACAGGCGAUAACAACUCCCCGCGGCAGAUUUUUAUGAAUAGCCAGAGUGAGGAUGGAAGUCUUAGAGAGGCAUGGGAGCAAGCGAGAGCAGGAAAACACGGGAUGAUAGUUGUUGACGGCCUGUUAUCUCAUAGUGACUACGUAAAUGGGCGCGAAUGCAGGCAGUUAGUCCUCCCAAAAGAAAGACGUAGUGAGGUUCUACGACUGGCACAUGAUUCGGACUGGGCAGGGCACCUAGGCGAGCGAAAGACGCUGCAGCGUAUAAAGAGCUCAUUUUACUGGCCAGGUAUCACCACCGACGUGAAGCGCUAUUGCCAGAGUUGCCACCAGUGCCAAAUUAAAGCGCCAACAAGAAUGACAGACAGAGUACCGAUUGCACCGAUAGCUAGGCCACGUACCCCCUUCCAAGUUAUUAACAUGGACUGUAUAGGUCCCGUUAAUCCUCCAUCAGCCCGUGGACAUCGCUACGCGCUGUGUGUGGUUGACUUAUGUACGAGAUGGACUGAGGUCGUGUGCUUGCGAGCCCUUACGGCAAAGGCUACCUGCGAAGCCCUGUUAGACAUAUUCUCGCGUCUCGGUGUACCGGAGACCAUAUGCUCGGAUCAAGGGACGAACUUUACCUCUCAUUUGACUAGGGAAUUUCUGGCACGAAUGGGCGCGACGCCGCGUUUCUCCACACCCGAUCACCCCCAGAGUAAUGGAUUAGUGGAGAGGUGGAAUGGUACCUUCAAGUCAAUGCUAUACCACACAGUCGAAAAACAUGGGCGGAACUGGGAUAAACAUAUUCCUUUCUUACUCUGGGCAUAUCGCGAAGUCCCAAAUGCGACUACGGGGGAGACACCCUUCGAAAUGAUGUAUGGGAGAGUGCCCACUGGACCGCUAACAAUCUUGCAGAAAAUGUGGUCAGGAGAAUGGACAGUGCCUGAUGGGCUAAGCACGUCUGCUGUAGAAUAUCUGAGCGACCUGAGGAAAAGACUUUGCGAAGCGGAAGAACGGGCGAGAGAAACAGGCAGUGCAAAUCAAGAGAACUACUGUAAUCGCUACAACCUAAGAUCGCGGGAGAAACAGUUUCAGGAAGACGACCAGGUUCUUAUUCUAGAACGGGAUGGCACCGGGAAGUUGAUGUCAAGGUGGAUAGGGCCAGUUACAGUUAUUCGACGCCUAAGACCGUACACCUAUCAGGUCAGGUUGAGUGACAAGAACUUUAGGACGGUGCACGCGAAUAAGCUCAGACCAUAUCACGCCCGAGUGAGCUCCGUAGGAGUAAUUUUCGAGGAUGAUGUAGAUUUUGGACAGGUUGAGAUGAUACCUACGAAGAAGAGAGAGCGGAACUUCAUAAAUUCAGUGGAGGCGGACCAUCUAAGCCCUGGCCAGAGAGGACAAUUGUUGUCAUUGAUCAAAACGAUGCCGCAAGUGUUCAGGGACACGCCUGGUGAAUGUAAGGUGGGCAAACAUGUGAUAAGGAUAAAACCGGGCGAGGAACCACAACGAGUGUAUCCCUACAAAAUUCCAAUGGCCUAUCGCAAAGAAGUAGAGCGACAGAUCAGUGAAUUAUUGGAAUGGGGACUGAUUUACCCCACAGAAAGCAAGUUUGCGCAUCCCAUUGUGUGCGUGAGCAAGAAAGAUGGAGGCAUGCGCCUCUGUGUAGACUAUCGCAAGCUUAACGCGAUCACGGAGCCUGACGCGUUUCCGAUGAGUCAGAGCACAGAAAUUCUGUACCAGGUAGCUCGUGCGAGAUACAUCACAGUAAUCGAUAUGCUCAGAGGGUACUGGCAGAUCAGGUUGGAUGAGGAGUCGCAACAGUGUACAUCGUUUAUCACUCACCAUGGCCAGUACGCCUGGAAGGUGAUGCCUUACGGCCUCAGAAAUUCGGCAUCGACCUUUCAGAGAACGAUCAACGAAAUUAUGGCACCACAUAGUGAAUACGCAUGUGCGUACAUUGAUGACGUUGCGAUAUAUUCAGCUACAUGGGAGGACCACUUAGAACACCUGGCCAGAGUGUUGGGAUCAGUAGCAGCAGCGGGCUUGACAGUAAACUUGAAGAAAUGUAAGUUCGCCCAAAACAGGGUUCAUUACCUAGGGCACAUUGUAGGAUCUGGUACGCACGCCCCGGAUCCUGAACGGAUCAAGGCAGUUGAAAAUAUCGCCCGCCCCGAGACCAAGAGCCAACUUCGAAGCUUCCUCGGGAUAUGCAAUUAUUACCGUGAUUAUGUGCCGCGUUAUUCAGAAAUUGUCCUUCCGCUCACUAAUAUGACGAACCGUCGCACUCCACAGAGGCUCCCGUGGAGUGAGGAGGCAACCAGAUCCUUUCAAGAAAUUAAGGAAGCCUUAGCGAACGCUCCCUCUCUUUUUGCUCCGGACCCGUCGAGAGAUUACAUUUUAGCCACUGACGCGUCAGGGUCCGCAGUUGGCGCUUGUCUCGCACAGGAACAUGAAAACGGCAGGGAAUGCCCUGUAGCGUUCCUAAGUAGGAAGCUCACGCCUGCUCAAACACGAUGGGCAACUAUCGAGCGCGAAGCGUUUGCUAUCAUAUGGUCAUUGCAACGACUCGAAACUUGGCUCUUUGGCGCCACUAUCAAGGUUGUGACGGACCACAACCCACUCAAGUACCUAACCUUGACCACCCCACAUAGUGCCAGACUGACGCGGUGGGCCCUCGCGUUGCAACGAUUCAACAUUACCAUUGUACAUAAAAAGGGAUCUCUGAAUUGUAACGCUGACGCCCUUUCGAGAUUGACCACUGCUGAUGAGCACUCUCCGGUUAGCUAG